AUGAAGAACAAGAAAAAGUUGCUUAGUCCAUCCGGGCCAGGUAAUAACAAAUCGAAUAAGAAAAAAAUAAAUAAAAAUAAAUGUAAAAGUAAUUUUAAAAGUAAAUGUCAAAGUAAAUCAGAGAAAGUUGAAAAGAAUUCAAAAAGAAUUAAUAUUAAAAAAAAAAAGAAUAAAGAUGUAUCAAAAAUGUAUGAUAUGAACUUAUUAAAAAAAAAAAUGAUUACUAAAAGAUAUAGAUGGCUUUUUCCUGAUAAGAAAAAAGAAAAGAUGCACGAAUUAGAUUCAAAUGAUUCUAGUUCAAGUUGUUCUUAUGAUGAUAAAAAGAAGGAAAAGAAAAAAUUUGUCUUGUAUAAAAAGAAAAAAAAUAAAAGUAAUAAUAAUAGUAAAAAAAAAAAAAAAGUAAUAUUAAAUUCAUUUCAACAAUUAGGAUUAAGUGAAAAUAUGUGUAGAAGUAUAGCAUCAAAUUUAAAAUAUAAUAAACCUACAGAUAUACAAAAAUUAUGUAUUAAUAAAAUAUUAAAUAGAAGAGAUGUUAUAUGUAUUAGUAAAACAGGAUCAGGAAAAUCAUUAGUUUAUAUAUGUACACUAAUUGAUAUAUUAAAAGAACAUAAUAAAUAUUAUGGAAUUAGAGGUUUGAUAAUAUUACCUACAAAAGAAUUAGUUAUACAAAUAUAUAAAUUAUGUAAAAAAAUUUGUAAGAAUUAUUUUCAUUUAAAUAUUAAUAUUAUUAUAGGUGGUGUUAGUAUUAUUAAGCAAUUUGAUAUAUUAAAUGAAAAUUUAGAUAUUUUAUUAUGCACACCAGGUAGAUUAUCUUUUUUAUUACAAGAAACAAAAUUAAGCUUAGAAAAAGUAGAAAUAUUAAUUAUUGAUGAAGCUGAUAGAUUAUUAGAAUUAAAUUAUUAUAAUGAUAUGAAUGUUAUAUAUAAAAGUUUAAAUAAUACAUCCAAACAAACCAUUUUAGUUAGUGCUACUUUACCUACAAAUGUGGAAAAUUAUUUUAAAUUAAAAUUAAAUAAUCCUCAUAUACUCUAUCUAACAUCUGAUAAUACUAUAAAUGAAAAAGUUGAUUUACAUUUUCUAUUUUGUAGAUCAUAUGAAAAAUAUGCACUUCUUCUUAAAUUAAUAUUAAUAUUUAAAAAAAAAAAGUUAGGUAAAACUAUGAUUUUUUUUUGUACUAAAUAUCAUAUAUUAUUUUUUAGUAAUAUCUUAAAACAUUUUAAAAUACAUCAUUCUAUAUUAUAUGGAAAUUCAGAUACAUCCUUCCGUUUUGAACAAAUAAAUAAUUUCACAAACAAUAAUCAUAUUCAAUUCUUACUAGUUACUGAUGUAGCAUCUAGAGGAAUAAAUAUUACAUCUGUUCAAAAUGUAAUAAACUACAAUUUGCCAUUCUCACCAAAAUUAUUUAUUCAUAGAAUAGGUAGAGCAUGUCGAACUGAUAUAAAUGGAUAUGGAAUUUCUCUUUUAACAUAUCAAGAUAUAUUGUAUGCUUACGAAAUUUGUUUCUUCAUAGGAAAAAAAUUGACCUUUUUUAAGAAGGAAGUAUCUCAAAUUGAUACGCAAGUUGAAGAGGAUUCUAAUAACCGAUUCAUACAAAAAGGAAAUGAUAAUGAAGAGAUAAAUAUAGUAAAUGAAAUAAACCAUAAGACCAAUAUUAAUAAUGACAAUACUAAUGUUUGUGAUGAUGAUAAAAAUAUAAUAGAUAAAACAUAUAACUCUUCAUAUAAAAAUAAUUCAAAUGAUGUUGUAUAUAUGGGAUGUAUAUCACACCUUAAUGAUUAUAUUGAAUAUAUAGAAGAUUUAAAAAAAAGAGACACGGAGUUAAUGUCAUUAAAUAAAAGUAUACUAGCAUCAUACAAAUUAUAUUAUUCAAUGCGACCUAAGGUAUCUAAAUAUGUUAGCACUAAAUGUAUAAAUAAGAUAAAUAAAAUUGGAGGCUUAUAUAAGUUAUCUUUAUAUAAUCACCCUCAUUGGAUAUAUGAGAAUGAGGGAUUUAUGACUGAAGGUGGCAUAGAAGCAACUAAAGAGAAUAAGACGGAUGAAUUUAUAGAGGACCCAAAUCAAAUUGACAUCACAAAUAAUAAUAAUAAUAAUAAUAUUAAUGAUGGUGAUGCUUAUAUGUGCAAUGACGAACAUAACGAUGAAGUGGAUAUCCUCUUCAAUAACUUAAUAAAUUACAUAUCCCAUAAUAAUAAUAACAAAAGUAAUGGAGAAAUAAAAAAUGAAGAUAAUGAAAAUAAUCAAGAUAAUCGAGAUAAUCAAGAUAAUCGAGAUAAUCAAGAAAAUAAUUUGGAACAUAUGAAUGGUAAUUAUGAUUAUUCAAAAAACGAAUUAAUAUCUAUUAUUCAUAAUUUUGAACAUAAAAAUUCAAACAAUAAAAUAAAAACCAUAUCCGAUGAAUUAAAACAAAAAUUAAAUCAACUUAAAGAGAAAACUGAAAGGUAUAAAAGUAGACGUAAUUAUCUACUAUCAAAUGAUGUAAAUGAAUUUAUGGAUACAUUAACUUAUCAGUUAAGUGACGAGGAAGAUGAAAAUGAAGAUAUUAAAAAUAUCCCAGAUAUAUGGAAAAAAAUAUUUUUACAUUCAAAAGGGAAUGAUAAUUCAACAUCUAUGAAUAUAAAUGAUCAUAGUGAGAAUAUUAAUGAGAAUAAGAAAAAAUUAAGUAAGAGAGCAUUAAAAAAAUUAAAAAAAAAUGAAAAUAAUAAUGAAAACACUAAUAAUAAUUAUAGUAUUAGUAAUAAUAAUAAUAAUAAUAGUGUGAGUAAUAUAAAAAACAUAUCAUUUGAUGACAUUUUAAAAAUUAUCAACGAAAAAAGAAUGAAAAAUGAUAUGUCUUAUAAUAACUCAUCCACCUUGGAUCUUAAACAUCCUGGUUAUGAUUUACCUCCAGAUGAAACAGAAGAAUUAAAUAAACAAAGAUUUGUAAAAAAACAAAUUUGGGAUAAAAAAAAAAGAAAAUUUGUCCUAACAGAAAUUGAUACCUUUCAAACUGACGAAUUAGGUAUUAAGAAAAAAAUAAAUAAAAAAAAAGAUGAAAAAACUAAUACUAUUACAAACUUAUAUGAGAAGUGGGUUAAAUCAACUAAAAAAAGAAUCAAAAAUAUAGGAGAAUUAGAAGAUGAAAAUGAUAAUAUACAAAAAAAAAAUAAAUUAAAUAAAAAUAAAAAAGAUAAGAAAAAGAAAUAUAAUAACGACAAUAAUAUUAGUGAUGAUAAUAACUCAGAAACAAAUGAAAAACAAUAUAAUAUUAAUAUGCUUAAAAUAAAUCACCCAGAAAUUUCAGAAGCUUUAUCAAAAAAUAAUAAACUAACCAAAAAACAACAAAGAAUUUAUAAAAAAUAUAUAUCUGGAAAAUAUUUAAACUCAUCAACACAAAAAGAUACAAACAGUUUACAUAACACUGCUAAACAAAGAAAAAAACAAUUACAAAAUAGAUUAAGAACAGACAAAAAAUUUAGAACCAAAUACUUGAAAAUUAAAAAGAAAAAAUUCCAAAAGAAAAUGAAACACAAACAUAAUUUAAGUAGUGCCAGGGAAAGAUCACUAAUGAUUGUAAAGAAUAAAAAAUAA